AUGCCUUUGUUCAAGAGUAAAUCAAGCAAAUCUCCAGCUUCCACACCUCAGACUCGAAGUACCAAUAAUUCCCAACCUUCAUCCCCUGGUCUUUAUCCUCAGUCGUCCCAUCAAUCGCCAGAUCCCCCUUCAUAUGAUAAUUCUGAAUCUGGACUUAAUUCCAUAAAUUCAUCCUUGAGUUCUUUAAGUAUUAGACCUCCUCCAAUACAAAGACAGAGUAGUUCAAGUCUUUUACGUUCAAGCAAUCGUCCUGUGAAAGAAAAGACUAAGAAUGUUCCAUAUAGACCAGCUCCAGAACAACAAGCAUUUAUAGAUAAUUUGGGGUCUGAGGGUGUUACUUCCCUUUCAGCUACAACUUCAGCUGCCCAUACUGAAUAUUUUGAUGUUCUUCCAUCAUUUCAUAUGUUUCAAUCGAUUUUGAAAAGAGAUGAUGAACAAUUUGGUGAAAACUUAACUGUUUCUCCUCCAGAAUAUGGUGAUACUGCCAAUUCUUCUCCUACACCCCCAGAUUUAUCUCCAGUAUCCAGUCGAUUGGAAUCCGCUACUACCAUAGAUGGAGUUUUAAGUGACGAUAAUCAAAAUAAUGAAGCCAACGAACCUAAUGAAUAUAAUGAAGACGAAGAUUAUGCUUUUGAUGAUGAUGAAGAAAACGAAGGUUUACAACGACCACAACAUCAUCAAAGAGAAAAUAUUUCCAAUGCUAGAGGAACUUAUGGUCACACAGUGUUAGAUAACAUCGAUAAGUUACCUAAACUUAACACCUCACCUAUUGAUAUUCAAAUCUUUGUCACCAAACAAGUCCCUGAACCUCAUCAAGCUAAUGAUUUAGAAACAAGAUUGAAAGAAUAUUCCAAUGGUGAUUUGGUUAAUGGUUAUAUAAUCAUUACUAAUAACUCAUCCAAACCGGUGAAUUUUGGGUUGUUUACUGUUAGUUUAGAAGGUACGGUUAAAGCCGUGGAGAGGAAAGUUGAUUCUGUCAAAUACAGUAAAUUGUUGAUGAAGAAGUUCCUUAAGAUGUAUGACUUGAAUGCUUCUUAUAACUAUUCAUAUGUUCCUAAUAGUGCUGGAAUUGAAUAUAAUGCAUUUGAUGUCGACCAAUAUGAUGAUUGUAUUCUUGGAUUACCUAACGAGAGAGUUCUUCAACCAAAUACUAAGUAUAAGAAGUUUUUCACUUUCAAGUUCCCUAAUAAACUUCUUGAUACUACUUGUACAUCCAAUGUCUUACCUCACAUUCUCCCACCACCAUCUAUGGGAGUUGAUAAACUUGCAUUUGGAGGUAAAGCCAGUAAUAUUGAAUUAAAUAAGGCUUUGGGUUAUGGAUUUGUAAGUGCCAAAGGUACACCAUUAUUAGUUAGAGAUCAUAGUUUUGACGAUAUGGAUAUAAGUUAUACCAUUGAAGCCAAAUUCAUUGAUAAGUUGAAUAACAAUGAAGCUGUUAGUCAUAGUGAGAUUAACUCUUCUACCAAUGAAAAAGAUUAUGUGGUAUCUCGUCAUGCCCAGUAUUUUUUAAGGUUUGUCCCUGACUUGAAAGACAUGCUUGCUUUCUAUAACGAAGAAUUUUUGUAUGGUAAAGAGACUUAUGGUAGUAUAGGUAUCGAUGGGAAGUUGUUCGCCAAUCACUUAUAUUUGAAUACCUGGAGAAACUAUAACCGAAUGAAUUCCAUCAUUGAAGAAGAAAUUGAUGCCAGAUUGGUUAGACAAGAGUUUGAUGAUGAUGAAAUCAAACAAAAGAAUUUAAUUGUCAAUAACUAUAUAAAUACCAAUUUAGUUAAUGAAAACUUGAUGACUAAGGAACCUACACCUUUACAAUCAACCAUACAGAUGAUAGAGUAUACCGAUGAAUACUUCAAACAGCAAAGAAUGAUUGGUAGUAGGUAUGUGGAAAUCUUUGGUAAAAAGAAGAAGAAACUUUUAACUACCUAUCAUAAGAUUGGACAACUGAAAAUAUAUGCCCAAGUCCCAAGUCAACCAUUAACCUACAAUUCUCCUAAAUUGAUAAUGAAGUAUAAUAGAACUGAAGAAGAGCCGGAAACAAAUGAAUUAGUACCUGUGAAUAGUAUCUCAAGUGAUCAUAUUAAUCAAUUGUAUCAUCGUUCCAAUGAUGAUUUCUCCCAUUCAGUCAAGGUGGAUAUAAUAUUUGAGUCACUAGAACAAGGAGUAGCUGCUCCUUCCAUACAGUCAAUCGAUGUCAACGUAGUGGCAUGGUCUUUUAGAUCAGAUUAUCCCUUACCUUGCAUAUUCGAAUAUGAUUUUUUCUAUUCUUCGAUCUACGGACAGGAAGCUGAGAUUGGGAAUAACUUACAACAGAUCAAAGAUCAAAUUAAUGGAUAUAUACAAUUUUUGAAAUCAAAUAAGACACACAUUUCCAAGAACUCAUACCUUUACUUGAAAGCCAUGAAAACUUUAGGUAUCAAACGUGACACUAUCAAGGAAUAUUUGAAAUCACAUAACUCCGUCACCAGCCCAGACUUAUUGAAAGAUGAUUGGAAGGGAACACAAACUAAAGAAAAUACCAUUAGAUGGGUCAAACAAAUCGAUAUACCUUUAGAAAUCAUCAACAAACAUAAUAUCACCUUAACUCCGAGUUUCCAAUCCUGCUUGAUGGGAAGACUUUAUUGUCUUCAAGUAGUUGUUAAACUCAAAGGAGGUUCUAAAGAUGAAGACAAUAUCGUUAAAGUUGAUGUCCCAGUUAUUGUAGGUUAA